AUGGCAAACUCUGCUCCAAGAGGGUCCGCCGGCGACUCAUCAUCAACUACAAAUCAGGAUACAGCUUCUCCAGCUUCCAAGUCUGCCAGUUCUCAGUCACUACCGAAUCAUUCCGGUACUUCAACACCCACACGGUCAAUCCUCCCAUCAAACGCCUCGGCAUCGGGUGACCCUCGAUCAAAGGACGCAACGGUUCCAGCGGCCUGUCUAGCAUGUCGGAGCAAGCAUCUAAAAUGUGACGGCAACAAUCCUUGCGCUAGAUGUCAGGGUUCGGGAUCCGGCUGCAUCUAUGUUGCCUCGCGCAGAGGCUACAAGGGACCGCGUAAGAACCAAUCACACACCACGAACAAACCCCAAGUCACAUCCCCUCCACCUCCAUCUACUGCCAGUUCUGGUGAUGGCUCAAAAGUUCCGAUGCUCAUUGACCCUGGCGCUGGAGUCAGCAACGCGCUAUCCAGGCCGUCUUUCAGUGGCGCUGCCGGAGUUCCUUAUGCCACAGGCGCUUACCCUUUCAAUAACGUGCCACCAACCAACGCCGAUCUUCAGCUCUACCGGUCGUAUUUUCCAGAUAACUCUACCGAUGGCUCUGCUGCGAAACAGCAAAUUCCUCCCAACUUGCAAAAUCUUUCUCUCGCCGAUCGUUGUCUCGACUCCUUCUUCUAUCACUUUCAUGCAUCACAUCCGUUUGUAUUACCAAAGCCAUACCUGCUCGCUCUUGUUGGCGAUCUUUCGUUGGAGCCGUUGCUAGCAGCAACACGCUGGAGGUUAAAGGAUGGCUUUGUUGUCCAGGCAAUGAUCCUAUUGAUUGUGGCACUUGAUGGUAACUGCGAAAGAGACAAGGCGAGAGAGAUCCUCGGGAACGUGGAAACCCUCGCGCUACAAAUUGGCCUUAACACACGGGCUUUUGCGACCAUACACGGUAGGAAUCUCCCCGUAAUGGAAGAAAGCUGGAGAAGAACUUGGUGGGAUUUAUUCAUCAUUGAUGGUAUGAUGGCUGGCGUGCAUCGCGUCACAAAUUUCUUACUGUAUGACGUUCCUGCGGAUGUCCCGCUCCCAUGUGAAGAGCUACAGUUUUUAUCUGGAAGCAUUCCCAAUCCCAUGACUCUGCAGGAUUUGGAAAGUAGGGAGUUUGCGGGUGAUGACAGAGAAUUCUCUUCUUUUACGUAUCGAAUACUCUGCGGUCGAAAUUUGGGACGGUUCAUGCGAACUCCGCCGCUGCAGGGACCUGAUGACGAGAACAUAACCAGGAUCGAAGCCCUCCUCACGAAUUGGCGACUACACCUUCCUCAAAACAAGAAGGACUCGCUGCAGAAAAACGGGAUGCUGGAUGAGAUGAUGUUCCAGGCCCACAUGAUAAUGCAUGCAACCUCUAUCAUGCUACACCAGCCCUUCUCUCAGCUCGACACAGCACCGACGCAGAGCAUCACCUCUUGCGUGCCAUAUCAACCGGUAGCGACCGGAGACAUGUUUAACACGCACACGAAGCACACAGUAACCUCAGCAUGCGCGAUUAGCGAAAUGAUUACUCACAGAGUGCCUCUUCUGUCGCAUACGCAUUUUUUUACUUGCGUGGUUACGAUAUCGUCGAUAGUCCAUCUGAGCAAAUGGGCAGUGUUCUUUGUGCCGCACGAUGACGACGAUCUACGUCAACAGAUACGACUUAACAUUGGAGCUUUAAACCACCUUUCUACUGUUUGGGUGGCGGCUGACCGAUCGCGGGAUCAAAUCCGAGCGGUUGCACGGAACAUCUACCAAGUCAAGAAGCAGCAGCAGAACAACCCACAGUAUUGGAUAGGAUACUCGCAGCAGGACAUGCUAAACAGCAUGGAGGCGGAUGAGAACAUCAUUACCGAGGUUGAAAGCGCCGAAGGUAUACAACAGCCUCAACAUGGGAUGGGUGGUGGUAUGCAGUGA